CAUGCAAAAUGUCCGGUUAGCAGGCCUUCUCGUCUUGGUGGUUAAAUUUUGCGGGUUGGUGUUUGCCGGAAGAUCAACGAAAUAGAAAAGAAUAUUUUUGCACUUCGUUUAAAAUUUAAAUUAAUUCAAAAUCUGUCCCUUGGAUCUCUAUCAGCUAUGGGUUCUAAACAAUGUUGUUGCUGCCGCUGCCUCCUUUUCUUGGGUCUUUUCUUCAUCGGCAUCGCUGUUCUGUUCGUGUUUCGGGAUAAACUAGGCCCUUCGUUAGAAGCGAGCUACAAGGUGACUGAUGCCGUGUUGACGCAGUUUGGUACGGGGUCUGGAAAAACCCUCGAAUACAACCUAGUUGCCAACAUAACCGUCGAAAAUCGUGAAAAAAAUUUUGACUACAAGUAUGACAAAUUUGAAGCUGUUGCUACUUAUGAUGACAAGGAUUUAAGUGCAGUUAGUUUGAGCACAUUCGAUGUAGCCAGCACGAAGACAAGUGCAGUGACUCCACUAGUGUUCAAGGGGCAGAAGUCUCUUAAGGGCGAUGUGGCUUCAAAAAUUAAGGGUGGUACGAGUUUUGAUAUCGUUUUGAAGAUCAAAAUUAAGGUUCUGUCCAGGUUUACUAAGGUAGAUAUUUUUAACGAGUAUAAGGUGGAAUGCAAGUUGAAGGUUCCUUUGGUAAAUUCCAAGGGAAAAUCUUCUGACAAAUUUGAGAGUACCGAUUGCGAAAAGGUUUCUGGAAGCACUAGUAAAGGAAUAAAGAUGUAAUUUGUAGAUUGGAGUCAUCGAGGACCACGUAUAAAAGAUUGGGUAGAGAAUUUUUUCCAUCAGCAUUUGAGAACUGAUUUCUGGUCUUUUGUGGUUUCAAUGGAAAAUCCAAGUGACAAUGGCAAGAUCUUCCACUAAGGUAGGAUAUGGAGCCCGGACACAAUGUUACAACGGCAGAAAUGACUUGGGUUUUCGACAAUUAUUUCGCAGUUUUCAUGUGUUUCUUCCCAAAGUUGAAGGCUCUGAUCGUGACAACGUCUUCCCUAUCUUUGUGCUAUACAUGUACCUCUCCCUCGAUCAGGCUUAUGUACUUCAAGGCUCGUUGUUCUCUUCUGAUAAAGAGUAUAGAAAUAUUUUACUAUUCUCUCUAAAGUUUAUAUUCUUAAAAACAAUUAUUUUUAGCUACAUAUGACACUUGUACAUUUCACAACAUUUUAUUUUAUCUCAUGCACUCCAUUUUGUUUAA